CUGAAGCUUUUCAUUGGAUUGACUUAAAAACAAAUUUUUUUCAAGAAUCUUAUCGUGUGUUGAAACCAAAUGGAACCUUAGCCAUUUGGGCUUAUAAGUAUGCUAUUUUUAAAAAUGCGCCUAUUGCAACUAAAUUAUCAAGAGACUUCCGUAUGAAUCUUAUGGCCCCCUAUUUGGCGAAAGGUAAUUAUAUAGUCAAUAAUUUAUAUAAAGAUAUUACAUUUCCUGAAGAAUUAUAUCAAAACGUUCAACGGGAAAUACAUGAUGAAGAAAAUAAUGAUGAUAAAAGUCAGCAUCUUGCAGUUAAUUGGAAUCUUUCUCAAUAUGGAAAUUAUUUGAGGACAUUGAGUUUUUAUACAAAUUAUCUGGAGAAAAAUCCAAAUGCAGAAGAUCUUGUUGAUGAACUAAUUUCUAAUAUGAAAGAAGCUGAAGGUUGGAAUGGUGAUGAAUUGUUGGCAAUAUCUUUUUGUAGUGUAUUGAUUUUGGCUGAAAAGAAGCCAUGA